AUGGCCGACACAGCUCCUGCUACCAACGGUAGCUCUAUGGAUUCCCUUCGAGGCAACGCCCAGGCUGCUUAUGGUCAAAUCGCAAAUGGCCCGGUCGCCGACAACAUCAAGGCUCAACAUGCAAAGACCCAGAACGAGUUCUCCACGCUCGCUGCCUCGCGACAAACUCCUGCGACACCUGCUGCUACUGGCCAGCCCUUGACGCACUACCAUUCGUUCUUCUCGGAGCUGCUGUCAUGGAACAACCCGCGCGCCUCGGGCAUCGCGUAUGCCAGCAUUGUCUCGCUCAUAUUCGCGGCUCGAUACCUUGACGUGCUUCGAUACACCCUCCGACUGACCUGGAUGGCAUUGGGCGUCACCGUCCUUGCCGAGGUUGCCGGCAAGACAAUUCUGAGCAACGGCUUGGCCACUCAGCUCCGACCCCGCAAGUACUACACAAUUCCCCGUGACACUCUGGAUGCCCUUAUUGGAGACGUCCACGAGCUUGUCAACUUCUUCGUCAUCGAGGCCCAGCGCAUCUUCUUCGCGGAAAAUGUUUCUGCCUCUACUGCGGCUGCUAUCGGUGCAUUCCUGUCUUACUACCUCGUCAAGGUUGUUCCUUACUGGGGUCUUGCUCUGAUUGCCACCACUGUCACCUUCUUCACUCCGCUCGUCUACAAGUCUAACCAGGAGCUCAUCGACCACCACCUUAAGCAGGCCGGCACCGUUGUCAGUAACCAGACCGAACAGCUCCGCCAGCUCGCCGGCAAGCACACUGUCCAGGCCACUGAGAUCACGAAGCAGUACAUGGGUGACUACACGUCCAAGGCCCAGCAGUUGCUGAGUGGAAAGAAGUCCACUUCUGCCACCUCCCCCACUCCCCAGGAGUCGGAUUUCCCUGCUGUCCCAAAGCAGGAGACUGACUUCCCCGCUGUCCCCAAGGAUGACUUGAAGAGCGAGGACGAGCCCCUUAUUUCUGCCUAA